AAUCGCAAAAACUUCACUGCCACAAGAGCUAAACAGUAACGUAUCUCACUCGAGGGACUUUUUUUCUGAAAUAGAGUACGUGACUCAUUUAUUGAUUGACACCCGUCAUAAUGCUUGAGCAGUAACCUUUAUUAAGCCCUCGACAUAUAUUUGAACCGUAAGAAAACAAUGACGUGAAAUCGUCCAAGUGAACCAAGGCCAUAACGACUAAUAUUAUAAUUUAGUGAAAAAAACAUUAAUCAAUCGUUUAAUAAUUCUUGCGACCAAUUAUCGAUUUGUUUCCAUUCAAUCGACACAAUAACUCGAUAAGAUUUCGUGGUUUGGUGUACAACAAUCAAAACGACUUAAAACUUGGUUUCGAUUCUGAUGUGGAAAGGUUUCCUGACAUAAUAGAUUCCAAACUUAUGAAUAAAUCGAAAUGAAAACGUGUCGAUUUUACAAACAAAAAAUUCUUAGAUACUUUCCAGAAUCGGCGGGCUGAAGCAAAAAUCAUAGAGAAAAAACGUCACCCAUAGCGGCUUUUGUUGUUGCGUAAACGAACGCCCCACUGCCGGCACCAAUGAACUGGAAAGCAAGGUCUUCGACCAGACUCAUUGUUUUAUUUCUGCAGUACCGUUCUCAUUAGAUCAGUUUAAACAAUACGACAGGAAGGGGACGACCGGAUACGGGCCCCAGACGUGGCGCGAAAACUAUCACACGACUUCGUUCCACCGAAUUUAACCUUACUAUAAAAGACAGGUGCAAUAACGAAAUGUCAUCAGUCGUUGCACGGUGACAAACACAUUUCACGAUGUUGACAAUUCUGAUAUUCGCUUCGAUCAGUCUUUCGACGGCGACUUUCCACAGAGUCGAAUUAUCGGACACGAAAACUCCCUAUGAUUAUGUUAAAGAACGCUUGGAUGCCAUAGGAACUGAUGUGAAGACUGGACUGCCGCUAUCUAACAGUUACGAAGUUGAAGAGAACGAAGACUAUCCAGAACACAUCGAAGGUGCUGCAUCUACUGUCUUAAAUACAGUGACAGGAGUGGGUGGCAUUAGAGGAGUCGGUGUUGGGGGAAUCGGCCUUAACCAAGGAUUAGGUUAUGGUGGAAUUGGAUUGGGUGGUCUUGGACUUGGACAAGGAUUAGGUAUUGGACUCGGAGGUGUGGGAGGCGUUGGCGGCAUCGGUGGCGGUGUUGGAGGACUUGGCAGCGGAAUCGGAAUCGGUAACGGUGUUGGACUUAUAAACCAAGGUAUUGGAGGCCUUGGAGUUGGAGGUAUAGGACUUGGCGGAGGAUUAGGAGGAGGGCUUCUUUACCAUCCCAUUUUGGGGGCUCAAGUCGGUGCUGGUUACGUCGAUAAAAAUGCCUAUGAUGCCGCUCAGAAGAAAGGGGCUGGUGAAAACAUUGAAAAAAUUGAAAAAAAAGCUGAAGAAGAAACUAAGCACGGUCAAGAAGGAUUUCAACAGGCUGCCGCAGCUGCUAAGGCUGAGAAAGGAGAAUCAAGUUUCUACAAAGACGAGGAAGCAAAGAAGAAGGCCGCUGGUGAUGAAAAAUUCUACGAAGGCGGACAGAAGAUUGAUAAACACGGAGCCAACGAAGAAUCACUGAAGAAAGCAAAGAGUCACAAAAAGGGACAUGUCAGCAAAGGCUUCAAGUCCUCGAGUAGCAAGAAUGAAGAAGAAAAAACGGAGAGCUUUUACGAUGAAGCUCACGACGAAGCAGACCAUAAGAUUGCCGGACAAAACGCUGGCUCGUUUGGUGAAAAGGCACAGCAAGGUUUUAAAGGUGCUCACGAAGAGAAAAUCCUCGACGCAAAUGCUCAAGGAAAAGAAGGGCAUCACGUUUCCGAACAGAAAAUCGACGAUUCUAAAGCGAACAAGGGAGAAUUCCUGCAGAAGGGCUACAAAGGCGGGGCUGAACAACUCGAGAAAUUCAAUAAUUUGGGAGCUCAUUCCGUGCACGGACACCAAGAGUCCAGCGGCGGCUACCAGCAGAAUAAGGGAGUAUUGCCAAUACACGCUUAAAGAGCGUUACGUCAAAAUCGAUCCCUUACAACUUCAUCAAUAAAUUUUACAAAUUUCUAA